GAGGGGCAGGGGGGUCUGGAGAAACGCCAUCUGCAGAACCCGGGGGACCGGAGAGGAGCAGCAGCAGCAGCAAGAGGAGGAGGAGGAGGAGGAAGUCGGGGCCGAGCCGCUUCCUGUAGGCAGAGGGAUGAGCGCAGACAAAGCUGGGUGGGGACUCGCCGCUCGGGGCUGCUGCUGACCCCCCUCCUCCUGCCUCCAUCCAUCCUUCCCUCCCUCCGUCCAUCCAUCCAUCCAUCCCUCCCUCCAUCCGUCCCGCCGCCGCCGCCCGCCCCGCGGGGGACUCGGGGCAGCACCGCCCGCCACCAGGCAGCAAACGGCCAAGAGGAGCGGAUCUUCCCCUAGAGGCACAAAUCACCGGAGAGACCUGCUUCUGCACAUCGGGAGAACCUACCUGGCCUGCCCAUGGCUAGCAACAACACUGCUGGCAUCGCGCAAGCCCGCAAGCUGGUGGAGCAGCUGAAGAUGGAGGCCAACAUCGACAGGAUAAAGGUGUCCAAAGCAGCAGCAGACCUGAUGGCGUACUGUGAAGCCCAUGCCAAGGAGGACCCUCUAUUGACCCCUGUCCCAGCCUCAGAAAACCCCUUUAGAGAGAAGAAGUUCUUCUGCGUGAUCCUGUAAACCCUCAAGGAGCCUGACUGGCACUCAGGCCACCCUGAACACUGAUGUAGAGUUUUUAGGAACGGGGACAACCUGCUAGUCUGCAGAAUUUAAACAAAAAAUAAGUAAAAUAUAUGGCCUGGAAGCUACAGAGAUGUGCAUGUUUAAAGAACCUGGCCACCUUUGGGGGAAUAAGAUGAUCUGCAUUGCAAGGCAAAAGAUCUGAAGUCUGUAGAGUUGCCUAGAAAGAAAAAAAAAUAUGUAAAGAAUAAAUUUGUGUCACUUUUCUGCUCACAAAAUAGUUUGAUUGUUCCAUAUUUAAAGCACCAGAGCUGUGCUGAGCAAAGUAACUGCUAAGGAUGUGUAUAACCUUCUUGGAAUGAUAUUGUUGGUUCCUUUCCAAAGUAUUAUUUUUUAUUUAAGUUGUCAGAUAUAUAGCAACAGGCUAGAUUACUAUAAUGUUACUCAAUGUUUGGUCUUGUGCUUUUUAAUUUCUGGCGGUAGCGUAGCACAGGGGUUGAGCGGCCCCCGCGGCGGGUUAGCGAGGACGUCGGCACCUCUGUGUUUCUAGCGACCCCCACUUUUCUAACAUUUUGUAUAUGGUUAGCUUCGGCUCUGCAAGUAAAAGUGAAUCGUGUGUCGUGGUUGGUGCUUCAUACUCCUGUGACGACGUUCGGUGGUAGUGCAUGAGAGUUCCUCUCUUUUCAUCCGCUCCAGAAUUUUCUUUUCUAUCGUUUGACACCACGUGCUGGUGGGAGAAGCUGUAGGGAGGAAACCAAGGUGAUCCUGAAAGCAAAGACAAUUCCUGCGAUGCCUUAGACGUGCCUGAAAUACCUCCUGCGUUAGGGUGGGUGUCAGCCCCCAGGCACAGGGCUGCCCCUGCCCUGGGUGUUGCAGGGUAGCUAAGAAAUCUGAAAAAUCAAAGUUGACCACUUCUUUCUGGGUCUUUCCUCUUCUCCUACACCUCUGUGCCUCUGCCCUCCUCACUUGGUCUGUGUCCUGCUCUUUUGGCUUCCCGGCAGCAUCUCCUUCCCUUGGGGCUGGACCAGGAUGCUGUCCCCAUGGUGGGAUGCUGUCCCCCUUCAUGGAGGUGCCUGAUAUCUUGUUUACAUGCAGCCUGAGCUCCAUGUCAGGCUGGGGAGUUAUUCCCGCUGUCAGCGCUUUGGGGGACACACGCCACCUUUUUUUUGGCUUGGCCUCGGAUUAAUGCUUUUGUGGACAUGGCUUGUCUCUCCUUUCUGCUGUUAUACACCUCCCAGCUUCCCCUCACUCCUGGAAAACUUUAGGAAUCAUAACUUGGGGAUCUGUGGACAAAAUGCGGUGGGUGUCACAUAGGGGUUUGGGGAGUCUGCAGUGACCCCACUAAACCAUAGUUCCGAAUCAGGUAUCAGCUUAAAAAUCCCUGUGGAUUCAAGAGGGCAAUAGUCUUUAGGUACCUUUUGGCAAAUCUUUCUAGCCCAUUACAAGUGCAUUUUGGUUUUUCUACCUUUUCAUACUCUUUUUCUAGUCUUCUACAGAGAAGACCAGUUGUUCUUACACUGGACUCAAAACUUUUGGCAUCUGGGAACAUUUAUAUGACACAAGUAGCCUAGAUGGUCCCACAUUUUGGCCCCCCAGACCCUGUAUUUCAAUCUUUUUACUACAGCUCACGUAGCUUUAGGAUGAAGGAUGGAUGAAGUAGCUUGCUCUGCAGCUGGUUCCACUCGCGGUGUUUCAAGGCAAAUGUGUAAAUACCUCGUCUCGGGUUUGUCUUUUCUUUUUAACGCUGAUUUACCGUCACGGAGAGUGAAGCGCAGCUGGUCUGACCCGGGGCUCACGCCCCAACCCUUCUCAAACGCUGUCAUGAAGUGGUUUGUAAUAAUUUUUUUAAUAACUUGCGUAUUUUACAACUCAAAUUCUUAAUAAAUAAAUGAUGAAAUAAAGCUGCAUGAAGAGUAUGGGGGGGGUGAAUUUUGAAUUAGCCUAAACUACUAAUUUAAGGUGUUUUACGUUGCCAGUCUUUAUUUUCUGUUGGUAGUGGUGUUGACAUUGGUGUGCUGCCAGGUAUUUCACCCCAGUAUUUAUAUUUACACAGAUACGCCUUUGUUAGCCAAGUAGAGAACGCCUGCCAAGACCGUUUCCCCCCCUCGCAACAAAAAUACCAGUCAUCUCUCCAUCCCAAUGCUGUAUUUCCAGCGUGGUAUCAAAUGACAUCCAGCUCUACCCCCAGGCUUUUAAAGAAAAAUAUCUGGAGUACUGGAAAAAAGGACUUUUUUUUCCUACCAAGGUUGCCGGUGGUGGGGGGAUCGAGUCAGUCCCACCGGUGCCGAUGGGUUUUGCUGCCAGGGUUUUUGGGGAGGUCGGCGUUGUGAUGUAGCGCAUCCCCAUCCCACGUGCUCUGUGUACUCGUUGAGAAAUAAAAUUUUGGAUUUGUUUCAA